AUGGUCGGCAAAGCAAAGUUGAGGCGUACACCGUCAGCCGAGAAUGGUCAGACGACGCUCAAGUCGGCCUUCAAGUCUUCCAAGGCGACCAGCAAGGCACCCGGCAAGAAAGUCAUCUCGAGCCAGACGAAGCAAGCUAGCACGAUCAAGAAGGCACCUCUCACCCCAUCUAGACGUACGCAAGAUAUCGAGGAAGCGAGAGAGUCAGUCGGUGUCAGCCCGAAGAAGCGGUCACAGCUGUUGUCCCAAUCGGGUAGAGAGUCAGCGAGCAGCGUAUCCAAGAACUCGACCAUCACAUCUGUCUCUGGACCUGUGCCCGUCGGCCCGGAGCUCAACGUCAACGAUAGCAAGUAUGACGCCCACUUCAGGGUAGUCAAGGAUGAGUUCCUAGGCGGCAAGAAGCCAAUACACGGCGCGGAUCAGUCCAAGGUCGAGCAGAUACUGCGAUGCUUUGACAUGACGUUCGACUACGGUCCUUCGAUCGGCAUGACGCGCCUCGAGCGGUGGGAUCGCGCAGAGGCACUCGGCUUACAACCACCCGAGGAAGUCAAGGACAUCCUCCUCACCAAGCAAGGCAUCGAGAAAGCCAGCCUACGCGAGGUUGUCUUUGCCGACAUCCUGGCGUGA